GCAGAGUGUCGUCGGUCAAGAACGAGCGGUGUUUGGACUUCGUACUACCGUAAUUGAGAGACCUGUGGACCUGUGGCUUGAGUUUGACAUGGCCGUCACCUACCAGCAGCCCACCCACCUGGUGACAGCCACCAGCUCUCAAAGUGUUGGGCAGUGGAGCACUGGCCUCUGUGAUUGCUGCGCUGAUGUGGGCACCUGUUGCUUUUCCCUGUGGUGUUUCCCCUGCAUGCAGUGUGAUACAGCCAACAAACAUGGAUGGUGUUGCUGCAUGCCAGCCCUGGAUGGUCUCUGUUGUUGUCUGGUGUCCUGCUUUCUCCGCAAGUCCAUCAGAGAGCGCUACAACAUCCAGGGCUCUUGCUGCGACGACUGCUGUAAAAUACUUUGGUGUUACCAGUGUGUCUGGUGCCAGAUGCAUCGUGAGGUGAAGAUCAGGGCCAACCUGCAGCCCACCACCGCGAAUAUGGUCGCCACCUAGGCCAUGCGUUGAUAGGAAGUGACUGUUUUAUUUUGUGGUUUGAGAGCAAAUGUUACUGUUAAAACCAGAUGUUAAGAGUUUUGUUGGCAUAUUAAUGUGUUGGAUGGUACCUGAGACAAGCUUUCAUUGUGACAAAUAAAAUCCUUCUAUUUC